AUGUUUUACCUGAAGAUUGAGCGCAGCGAAUACGUGUAUCAGUUGCCUGAUAUGAACACUAAAACACAUGGUAAUCAGGCGCUCAUCACCAGCAGCGACAUCACCACAAAUCAUGGCUAUAAUCAGCCGCUCAGACGGCUAUCGGUCAACGAUCAGGACUUUGAAUCCGUGACAAUACGUGACGACAGCCACAAAAUGAGCGCUAAAAAUGAUGACGAUAUUAAUACAAACCGGAUUAUACCGAUCACAAUGAGUCCGCCGCGAGUCACCGAUCAUGGCUACCAACAGCCACAGCCACAGGCGCCGGCACUUAUACCCACCUAUAAUAGGGUGGCGCCGAUGCAGCCCGGGUUGACACCGGUGUCCGAAAAGCCUGUCUAUCAACAGCCGGCCGUUCACUUGCCCUCCGAUAUGCAACAGUUUGAGGUGUUGUGGCAUAACCUCAGCUAUAAUAUACCCAAGAAGUUAAAGGAUCUCCUCUUUCCGGCGCAGAUCCGCACCAAUAUAUUGCAUAACAUAAGCGGUCACUUCCGGAGCGGCGAAGUGACCGCCAUUAUGGGCCCGUCCGGCGCCGGCAAGUCUACGCUACUCGAGAUUAUAUGCGGACGUCGAGUGCGCGGAGUGGUCGGUGAAGUGCGGAUCCGUGGCGUGGAUGAAGUGAAGAUCGGUUUCGUACCGCAAGACAACUAUCUGCUGGAACUGUUGACAGUGAAAGAGACACUGGUGUUCGCCUCGAAGCUCAUUAACCAUAAGCUGUCCGGUUAUGAGCACAACUCGAUCGCCGAUAAAACCAUCAAUCGGUUCGGUCUCGAGAAGAUCAGCGAAACCCGUGUCAACCGUUGCAGCGGUGGUCAACGGAAGCGGCUGUCCAUCGCUCUGGAGAUUAUUUCAAAGCCCAAUAUCUUGAUUCUGGACGAACCGACCACUGGACUCGACUCGCCUUCAUGUACUCAUGUGCUGAAUAUACUGCACGAGUUGGCCGCCAAUAAGACCAGUCCGGUGGCAGUUGUGGCCACCAUUCAUCAACCAUCGGUCGCCCUCUUUAACGCCUUUCAUAGCAUUUACAUUCUGACCAAUAAAGGAAAGUGCAUUUACCAUGGUUUGCCCCGACAACUGGUGCCGACGAUGGCUCGGGUGGACGUGGCGUGCGAUCCGUACACAUCGCCCGCCGACUUCAUCAUAGAGAUAGCGGCCGGCGAUUUCGGUCCGACGCCUAUUAAGAAGUUGGUAGACGUGGCCGACACCGAUACCGACCGUCUCGAGCGGCUCACCACUCAGGACUCGCGGCUCCUGUUGUCGGCACUGACCAAACAUCGGUAUCCCUUCUUCAGACACCUGUGGCUACUGUGGGUGCGGUCGCAGAUCUUGAUAUACAGGGAUCCCUUCCUCACGAUUCUUCGUCUGGUGAUGUGUGUCUUCUCGGCGGUCAGUCUGUCGAUACUGUUUGGCCGCGAGAUCGGCAAGACGUCCGGCUGUCCGCCCCGACCCGUCGAGCUCUACGCCACCCCUCUUGACGUGUUGUCCAAGAAGUUUGAGACCGAUAUAAACAACGUGAUGCAAAACGUGUGUUUGCUCUUUCUGGGCAUCAUGGUCGGCUUUCUGUCCGGUUUGACGCCCACCUUGCUCAACUUUCCCAAAGAGAUGCAUGUGUUUCAUAAGGAGUACCACAACGGCUGGUACUCGUGCAUCAGUUACUACGUGGCCAAGGUCAUUUCUGAUGUACCUUUACAG